GCUCAUUGUGUGGGUGGAAAGAUCGAAGUGAACAAGAUGCCGCCGCGUCGAAGCUUUAGUCGCAGCGCAAGCCGAGGCCGGGAAAGAGGUGGUGGACGAGGAGGGAGAAGCCCUCGCCGAAGCUUGAGUCGGGAUCGUCGACGCAACAGUAGCCGUAGUCGAAGUCGUGGCCGUGGCCGCAGUCGGAGCUUCAGCUCGCGCAGUCGAUCCAGCUCGCGCUCGUCGUCCAGCUCUCGUUCGCGUAGUCCCAGCAAGGGGGCGGACGAGAGGGAUGAUGCAAAAGACUCCAAGAAGGUUGACGGUGGACGGAAUGCCGCCAGUCGCAGCCCAAGCCCCGACGAUGGCGCGUCGUUGCACGUUGCUAACUUGACACGCAACGUCAACGCGGAGCAUUUGGAGGAGAUUUUCGGCAAAUUUGGCGGUGUCGCCGAGGUGACAUUGGAGAAAGAUGCAAACAUGGUCAAGGGAACUGCGUACAUUCGCUUCCACAAGCGCGACGAGGCUGAGACGGCGCAGCUGCACAUGCACGAGGGGCAGAUCGACGGCAACAGAGUGCAAGUGAACUUUGUCCUCGUCCAGCCGAAACCCAAAAAGCGCAGCGUGUCCCCCAAGGGAAACCCCAACAACGGAAAGAACAACACCCGACGACGUUCUCCGCCCAAGCGCCGAAACCCGUCGCCCUACCGACCGCGAAGCCGAUCCCCGCCUCCUCGUCGAGGGUCGCCCAACUUCCGCCGCCGCAGCCGAUCGCCGCCGGGACGACGAAGUCCACCUCGAGGGGGUGGGGUCCGUGGUGGUCGUGGGGGUCCUGGCCGACGACCGUCUCCGUUCAACCCGCGCAACCGGCGCUCGCGCUCCUUGUCGCCACGUCGGCGCUCUCGCUCCCCUCCUCGUGGUCGCGGCGGCCGCAGUCCUCCCAGGCGCCGUCGAUCGAGGUCGCGCAGCUCGAGUCGAAGCAGCAGCCCGCGGCGUAGUCGUAGCCGCAGCUGGACUCCGAAACGAAAGGGGUCGCCCUAAGUGUAGCUAGGACCAUGUCCAUGCUGCAUCCCGGCGCAUCGUUGGCUGAAUGCACGCUUUUUUCAUUUGGCAUCUUUUGUUUCAUAAAGGUCGUCGAAGGUGAUUUUAAGACAUACAUUCUGAAACGAGCUGCUUAAAUUGCAUAAAAUACGCAAGUGUAGU